AUGGCCCUCAACUUCUCCGCCUGCGACCUCGGCGCGCCGCACGCGUCCCGCCAGGUGGUCAAGCUCGUCGACCUCGAGGUCAACGUCUUUGGGCUCGACGAGAUCAAGGGCAGCAAGCUUCCCAUCGUCGCCAUCGUUGUCCACCAUCCAUUUGCCGGCAAGGCGCGGGAUGUCGCGCCGUUCGCGUCUGGCCUCCUGGCCGGGAUCUCCUCUCUUGCAGCCACCUCCCGGCGGCAGCGGACCCACGACGCGAUCAUCGUUACCCUCGAUGCCCGUAACCACGGCGAUCGCCGAACCAACAAGGAGGCGCUGCGCUUCGGAAUUGACCGCAAGCGAGACCUGACGGAGAUGGCGACACUCGUUUCCGGCGGUAUGCACGACUUUGAUCUUAUCCGAAGCUUCCUUCCGGCCUUCCUCUUCCCGGGCAGCGAGCGCGAUGUGACGGACUGGGCCGUAUGUGGCAUCAGCAUGGGCGGGCACGUCACUUGGAGGCUGCUGAGGCAUGACAAGGUCCAAAUCGCUGUCAACAUUGUCACCGUGCCCUCCGAGGGCCUGGGUGGCUGGCUGAUGAGUCGACACGGGAAGAAGGAUGCACCCGAGGGUGACGUGAUCGCGACGCUACCGGCGCCGGUGUGCGAGUUUUACAAGUCCACCGCGCCAGUGGGCACGUAUAGCGACAAGAAGAUCCUGUCACUGCACGCCGAAAAGGACGCGAUGCUGCCCGCGAGUGCUGGCGCCGCUUACUUCCCGGGGAUCCAGGCACAGGCGGCCCGCGGCGACAUUGAGCAGUGGAUUCAACCAAGGGCGAAGCACAAGUGCACGCCCCAGAUGACUCGCCGCGCGGCCGAGUGGUACUGGCGCUGGUGCCUCAGUUCCGAUGUCGCAAAGUUGUAA